AUGCUGCUUCUGGGUCUUCGUCUUCGUGUUCCAUUGCUAGUCCACUCUGACAGCUCAAGUGUUGUUCUUUGGAUUCCUUUCAUUAUAUUAAUGGUCUCAAGUUUAGCAUCUUUUGCAUUUUCAACACCCAUUACAUGUGAGAGGUAUUCUUUGGUGGCCAAUCUGGGUUAUAAGGAAUCGCUGUCAUUUGGAGGCUCAGGCCAUGCGCAGGGGCAACAAGUUGUGCCAUUUGAGAGUGGCGCAUUGAAGCUUUUGCUACAUGGGUACCUAGUUAUAUGUGUCAAGGAGGCCAAAUACCUUCCUGACAAGCUGAGUUUUCGCAAGUAUGUGGCCUGUGCCAUUGCCAUGUUGCCAGGGAUGAGACGCCAAAAUAUAAUCAGCUCUCCAUAUGUUACGAUUUCAAUAUCAGAUGCUGUAAUUGGGAGGACCUUUGUGACGAGUGAUACCGAGAAUCCUGUGUGGGAGCAGCAUUUUGAUGUUGCUGUGGCUCAUUAUGCUUCACAAGUGAAUUUUGUUGUGAAACACAGUGAUGUUUUCGGCUCUAGGACCAUAGGUGUUGUAGGCAUCUCAGCUCAACAAUUAUUCUCUGACAUCAAAGUUGAGGGAGCCUUCCCUAUCCUUGAAGCCACCAGUGGUAAAAGCUGUACGCCUGGAGCUGUGUUGAGCUUAUCAAUGCAGUACACCUCGAUUGAAAAUCUGGCCUUUCAUAACCGUGGAGUAGGUUCCGAUCCUGAUCAUCAAGGGGUCCCUGGUACUUACUUUCCUCUUAGGAAAGGCGGUAAGGUUACUCUUUAUCAAGAUGCUCAUGUUCCUGAUCGUUGCCUUCCCAAUUUUGAGCUUGAUAAUGGUCUUGAGUAUAAGCAUGGAAAUUGUUGGCAAGACAUAUAUGAUGCAAUACGUGAUGCCCGCCAUUUGAUAUACAUAGCUGGGUGGUCACUGUACCCCAAAGUUAGAUUGCUUCGGAAUAUUGAUGGUUCUUUAGAUACCACAUUAGGUGAUCUUCUCAAGACCAAGUCACAGGAACCAGGAGUGAAAGUUGUGCUUCUUGUGUGGGAUGAUCCGACUUCUAAUAGAUUCAAAAAGGAAGGGGUCAUGCAUACCGGUGAUCAGGACGCUCGACGUUUCUUUAAGGAUUCUUCAGUCCAAUUUCUACUUUGCCCUCGAUCAUCAAUCCAAAGCUUGGGGAAAAACAUGGAAGCUAGAUUAAUCUACACCCAUCAUCAGAAAACUGUGAUUGUGGAUGCUGAUGCUGGUGAUUCUAAGAGAAAGAUCAUUGCAUUUGUUGGAGGUCUUGAUUUGUAUCUGGGACGUUAUGAUACUCCAGAGCAUCCUAUCUGCCGGACAUUACAGACAGUGCACAAGGAUGACUAUCAUAACCCUACUUUCUCGAAACGCGUUGUUGAUUGUCCAAGGGAGCCAUGGCAUGAUUUGCACAGUAAAAUUGAAGGUCCCGCUGCUUAUGACAUCCUCACCAAUUUUGAGCAGCGUUGGGGGAAGACUCCAAAGCCAGGAAGACGAGGAGAUGAUGAUGCAUUACUCAAGAUUGAGAAAAUUCCUGAAAUUAUUGGGAUGGCAGAGGUUUCUUGCUUGAGUGAGGAUGAUAUAGAAGCUUGGGAUGUUCAGGUUUUCCGUUCAAUUGAUUCAAGUUCUGUGAAAGGAUUUCCAGAAGAUCAAAAAGAUGCUAAAAGAAUGAACCUGGUUUGCGGAAAAAAUGUGCUGAUAGACAUGAGUAUACAGGCAGCUUAUGUGAAAGCAAUCCGUGCGGCUCAACAUUUUAUUUACAUAGAGAACCAGUACUUUCUUGGAUCAUCAUAUAAUUGGGACGAGUACUAUAAAAAAGGUGUAAACAAUUUGAUACCGAUGGAAAUUGCUCUGAAGAUAGUAAAUAAAAUCAAAGCAGAAGAGAGGUUUUCUGUGUAUAUUGUUAUCCCCAUGUGGCCAGAAGGUGAUCCUACAAGUGUUCCUGUACAACGAAUUCUCCUUUGGCAGCAUAAAACAAUGCAAAUGAUGUAUGGAAUGAUUUACAAGGCUCUACUGGAGGCUGGACUUCACAAUAGAUAUUGUCCACAAGACUAUUUGAAUUUCUUUUGCCUCGGUAAUCGUGAGAAACCAAGUGGUGAAGAAAGUUCUACUGCAAAAAAAAUAAAUGAAGCAGACAAAAAAGAACCAAACACUCCUCAAGCACUCACUCGGAAGAACCGGCGCUUUAUGAUUUAUGUUCAUUCUAAAGGAAUGAUAGUGGACGAUGAAUAUGUCAUAAUUGGAUCUGCAAAUAUCAAUCAGCGAUCCAUGGAAGGUACCCGAGAUACUGAAAUAGCAAUGGGAGCAUAUCAGCCUCAUCAUACUUGGGCAAGAAAACCCUCACGUCCACGGGGAAAGGUAUAUGGAUAUAGAAUGUCACUGUGGCAAGAGCACAUAGGACUUGUUGAAGAAUGUUUCAACCAGCCAGAGAGUCUUGACUGUGUCCGAAUGGUAAGGGAUCUGAGUGAGCAGAACUGGAGCCAAUACGUAGCUGAUGAAGUGAUAGACAUGAGCGGUCGUCACCUCCUGAGAUAUCCUAUAGAAGUUGAUCAAUUCGGAAAUGUGAUGCCUCUUUCGGGGUGUAAAGACUUUCCAGACGUCAAUGGAGGCAUAUUGGGGAGUCUCGGCGACAUAAGGAACAGUCUAGGGAUCAAAAGGGUUGUGCCGUGGGAAUUAUCAUUCCCAUGGAUGGGAGAAAAUGUCACCACCUGCUCUAUCAUGUGA